CUACAACAAGGACAUCGCCGCAUCUCGACAUGACCAGUGGCCGAUUUGGCGCAGCAUGGCCGGCGUCGCGAUCGAGAUGGAGACGGACGAGAGCAGCACGUCGUCGGACGCGGCCGUCGGCGGCGCCAUGCGCAGCGGCCUGCGCUCGAUGGUCAUGCGGCUGCGCUUGCAGAACCCGAUCGUCGGUUCGUUCCCGCGGACCGUGCCCGUCAAGGCCGUCGCAUCGGCGUCCGACAACCUCAGCUUGCUCAUGGACGUGACGGGGUACGUCAAGGAGGCGAAAGAGCAGCUGGACCAGCACCGAUCGCCGCAGGCCAAGGUCGCGACGCUCACCAAGUGGGCCAUGUGGACGUGGGUGCCCAACCUCGUGCGCUCGAGUCUUCUCGGCAGUGCGACGUGGGCGAGCUACGAGCUCACGACGAAUGCGCUGACGCCAUCGCAGACGCCGCAGAACGUGGUGGCCUGCACCUUUGGCGUUGCGCUUGUCGCUGGCGGCGUCGCCGGCGCGCUGCACGGCUCGCUCUGGACAGCGACCGAAGAGCUCUUGGUGCGCAUCAAGCAGACCGCGUCCGGCUACAGCCUGCGGGGCGUGCUGCUCAGCCACACGACAACGCAUGUGGCCAUGUUUAGUUCGUACGAAGCCACCAAAGCCACGCUGCUCGAGUCGGUCGUUCCCAGCGAGCACAAAGAAGAUCGUUCGGCGGUGGUGACGGGUGCUUGCAUCGUCGCGGCGGCGGCGACCUCCGGUCUUGUCGGUGAAGUCGUGACGCACUACAUUGCGCCGUUCGAGCAAGCCCCCUUUCGGGCCAGUGUCAAGGAAGCGGCAGCACUCGCACGGCCAACGCUACGGGGCAUGGCGCCGUCUGCCUUCUCGACGCUGCUUGGCUGGCUCGCCUACGAGUUUGCCAAAGACAUGGUCGACGACGCCUCCGGAUGAUGCUCGUCAGCUUGUCGAGCAACCGUCGUAGGGGUAGGGUCCAUACAGUGCACGAUAGAGACAAAUAGAGGAUCCCUUGGGUGUCCACAAGUCCCACCACCGACGAAGCAUCCGUGGACACACUGUACGUUCCCACGAGUAAGCUG